AUGAAUAAUAUUACUCAUUAUAACAACGAUUCUGAUCACUUUAGCGAUAAUUCCAGCCAAUUAGUUAACAGUGCUGGAAAAUCUGAUAACGGCGUUAAUGAUAGUACCGUUGCUGGUAAAGCUCAGAAACGACACCCUUCGGGCAGUUCUAAGUCAAGGUCUAGUGAUCUUAAAGGAAAGAACUCUGCACAGGCUAAAUCUCGGGAUAGUGAUCCUUCCGCAGUGAUUAAGGCCAUUGGCUCCUAUGUCCAGUGUAAUAUUUGCACUAAACUCUGCUCUCGGAACGGCCAUAUCAAAUGCGCCGAAUGUAUCGACUUCAACAUUUGCCUAAAAUGCUUUUGCUCAGGCCUAGAACGACCUGACGACGAAGUUCUCGCAAGUUCUUUUGUCAAUGUUUCUUCAAAAGUCACAGAAGAACAUCAUAAUACUCAUAAAUAUAUACCUGUUGGACCAUCCAACUUUGCACUUUUUUCCAAAGGUAUUUAUUUACUUAUUAAAAUCGAUUAUAUAACAUUAAAUAAUGUAUUAGAUUGGUCAGCGGAACAGGAAUUGUUACUUGUAGAUGCAAUUGCUAAAUAUGGUCUUGGUAAUUGGACGGAAGUAUCAAAUAUGGUAACAAUGUCACAUUCUGGUUAUAAAACCGAGGAGGAAUGUGAAACUCAUUAUUAUCAAUAUUAUCUCAACUCACCCACAGGACCACUUCCCGAUACAUCAAAUUUGGUAUAUAAUUAUGAUGGAAAGCCUUUAAUGGUACCUUUUCGAGGCCCUAGACCACUUCAAGAUAAACCAAAACCAGUAACGAGUAAUAAACCUCAAACGAAACCUCAAAUAAUUGGAUAUUGGCCUUUGAGAGGAGACUUUGACAUCGAAUAUGAUAAUGACGCCGAGCUUAUCCUUGCAGAUAUGGAGUUCAGACCUGACGAUUCACCUGAACAAAUCGAACUCAAACUCAGUGUCAUUGAAAUCUACAAUUCUAAACUUGACGAACGAAUUUAUCGCAAAAAAAUCAUUAUCGAACGUGGAUUAUUGGAUACAAAAUCAUUACAACAGAAGGAACGGAAGUAUACAACUGAGGAGAAGGAAUUGUAUAACUUAUUCAGACCAUUUCUGCGGUUCCAAACCCCUGAAGAACAUGACCAUACAAUCCAACUCAUUGUAAAGGAACGUAAAUUAAGAUCUAGACUUUAUCAACUUAUGGUUUGGAGAACUUUAGGACUUGAAACCGCCGAUGAUAUAAAGAAGUAUGAGGAUAAAUUACAGAGAAUUGAGUUUUUUAAAGAUGCUCUAGAAAAACAAGAUUCAGAUCCUUCAAGACGACAUGAAAGAAGAUUAAGAACAUCAACUACUGAAACUGAAGUUUCCCACUACACAUUUAGUCAUUUAGUAAAUGCAAACAAUGCUAAUAGAAUCAGAUUAUCAGAUUUUAUUGAUGAGAAUGAAAUUGAGUUUUGUGAAUCACUACACUUGCCGCCAGUAGCUUAUUUUUUAGCAAAGCGAGUUUUAUUACAGGAAUUAGCUUCAAAUAACAUUUACUCAGUGGAUGACAUGUGUAAUGAACUUAGAAUUGACGGAACUAAGCAGGGUAGAAUUUUUGACUUUUUGCUAAUGCUAUCUCCGAAGGCGUUGAGAAAUAUGGAACAAGAUGUGGUAGACCUUGCAAAGGUAAAGCUGGAUAAAAAUGGCUUAGUUGACACCUCAAACGUGGCUUCUCAAAUCACAGUUGAUACUUCAACUUCUUUAGAAUACCUUAAGAAAUUAACAACGCCUUCAAAUAGGCAGUUGGAUCCAGAACCAAAGUCUCCGCACAGUGGUAUUUAUUCUGAGGAUUCUGAUCCGACUGAGCUUAAUUUAAGGGAUAAGUCGAUUAAUGGAAUCCUGGACUCAGAUUUAGGCUCACUUUCGGUCAGUAAUCGCAUCGAUUCACAUAGAUAUAAUUUAGCCCAAAUUCAGAAAAGUAAUUUUUACACAAUUUCUACAAAAAGUCCAGGAGAUUAUCGUAAAAUUGACCUCAUGUAUAGAUUUUACAGAAUUUGCAAUAACCUCAAAAUUCAAAACCCUGAUAAGAUUUAUAAUAUGUACUUGAAGCGACUUAAUAAGAGAAUCCGUCUGGAAUCCUCAAACAGGAAACUUGAAAUUAUAAUUUCAGCACUUUACUACAUUGACCAAUGCCUUGAAAGGGGUAAUAAUUACACUUUGAGGGACGUUUUGCUUAGAAUCCCAGACUGUAAAGUCAAUUUGAAGAGUUUUACCCGUUUUGUAUCGAAAUUAGCGUCUGAACUUGGAAUCAAGUCACUCCCAGUCAUUGAUGACACUUUGUUAAUUACAAAUAUUUUGGAUCAAAUUCGGCUCUUUUGCUCUGACCAUAUCAUAGCCAUUGGGAAAGAUAAUCCUCAAACCACAACCACAGUGAUUAAUAUGAACGAAUUGUUUGAUUUGGAGGAGAUUAUGUCAUCACUAACUUCAACUCCGACUUCAUUUGAUAGCACAAAUCUUUCCUGCAUAUCUACUGAUAAUUCACAGAAUUCAGUUGAUAAUAUACUCCACACCACUAUUAAACAUGAUAAUAUUCUUGACAAUGAUGACGGCGUACUUGAUCAUAGUAAUGAGGGAACUAAUUAUGAAAACACACCCAAUAAAACAUCUAAUAGCUCUAAUAAAAUACCUAAUUCCGAUAUAACUACUGUUAAAUCUCCCAGUUCAAAUAUGGCUAGGGAUACAGCUUGCUAUAAACAGGUUUGUAAGUCGAUAUCAUUAAAUUUUGUAAAAAUAUUAAAAUUAUCUGGAAGAAUUUUGGUGCUGGUGGAUGAGACUAGCCGUAAGGAAAACGUUCUGAACCCUCAAAAUAGAGUAAUUUUUGCGUGCAGAAAGACCCUGAUUGCUUCUGUUCUUUUCAUGACCUUUUCAGCCCUAAAGAUCCCAGUCACUCCAAACCUUAUCAUCAGAGCUUUAAACGUGGUUAAAUCUUCGUUUUACAGAAAUUACAACAAGGUUCUUUCCAGGAUGAUGGCUCAUUUCACAACCAAGUACAGCUGUAAAAUCAACGAUAAGGACAACUUGAUGUCACUACUACACGUUUUGCUAACCAAUAACAUGACAACUAACACCAAUGACACUGUAACCACUGUUCCAAAUACUAAUGAGAAGAUGAGUGAUGGUAUAGUCCCUAAUAUUAUCAAAAAGGAAAACAUGCUUAAUGGAAGGGGGAAGAGUGAUAGGAAAACAUCAUUUUCAAAGACGAUUGCGUGUCUUGAUAUUUUAACCAAUAUACACGAUAACGGUAAGGGAAAUGGUGUAAUAGUGUAUGAAAGAUCCGCAAACAGGUACGCUUGCAGGUAUAAAAUAAAGGGCAAAAUAAAGCGUAAAUGCUUCUCAGUUAAUUAUUACGGUCAAAAAAACGCUUAUGAACUUGCAAUUGCUUAUUCUAAACACAUUUCUAACUAA